AUGAGUGAAGUUCCUAAUGGAAUGGGGAUCAACAAGAUGGAAGGUUGCCGUGAAAAAUUGCUUAUUUGUGAACAAAUGAUUAGGGCCGAGGCCCUAGAAAACAAGGUCACAACUGCAGAUAGCUUCGAGCAUAGGGAUAGCUCGGAAUCGGUAUACUAUUCGGAUGUCGAGCCGCCAAGCCGCCCCACCAAGCCACACUUAGCCGAGCUGGAGGUUCGCAAAGUCGCCGAUGGAGCCGAAAUCGAUGGCUGCGACGAACACCGCCGGCGCAGGGUUUCUGGCGCACCUCCAAUUUGGGCCAAAAAGGGAACGAGGCCCCGGGGUGGUGUCCGAACGCGGCCUGCAAAGGGUGGGCUGCACGCUGGCCGAGACGUCUCGCGGAAUGCCGAGGGUCGACCCACGCCUGCCACUGCAUCUUCCUUGUCUGAAGGUCCCUAUAGUCCUAAUCGCAGAGGAUAUAGAUAUGAAAAAGCCACAUUAAAUCGUUUUUUUAGUCUUCAUCAUUUACUCCCUUUUCUUUUAGCAGGCGCCAGUCUUCUUCAUCUGGCCGCAUUGCAUCAAUAUGGAUCCAAUAAUCCAUUGGGUGUACAUUCUGAGAUGGAUAAAAUCUCUUUUUACCCUUAUUUUUAUGUAAAGGAUCUAGUAGGUUGGGUAGCUUUUGCUAUCUUUUUUUCCAUUUGGAUUUUUUAUGCUCCUAAUGUUUUGGGGCAUCCCGACAAUUAUAUACCUGCUAAUCCGAUGCCCACCCUGCCUUAUAUUGUGCCGGAAUGGUAUUUCCUACCGAUCCAUGCCAUUCUUCGUAGUAUACCUGACAAAGCGGGAGGUGUAGCCGCAAUAGCACUAGUUUUUAUAUGUCUGUUGGCUUUACCUUUUUUUAAAAGUAUGCAUGUGCGUAGUUCAAGUUUUCGCCCUAUUCACCAAGGACUAUUUUGGUUGCUUUUGGCAGAUUGCUUACUACUAGGUUGGAUCGGAUGUCAACCUGUGGAGGCACCAUUUGUUACUGUUGGACAAUUUUCUCCUUUUGUUUUCUUCUUGUUCUUUGCCAUAACGCCCAUUCCGGGACGAGUUGGAAGAGGAAUCCCUACUUCUUAUACAUAUGAGCCCUAG